UGUCAAACUCAUGGGAUCCUGCCCCCUGCACCAGUGGGAGCGCCGCUGAGGUCUCCACUGCGCAUGUCAGAGCGCUGGACAGCUCCAGAGAGGGAAAUUUAAAAACGGUUUUUCGAGAAUCAAGUGCAAUACAGUACAGCGGCUCAGCAGCGGCUCUCACAUUCUUCAGUAUCAACCAAAAACAGUGUAUUUUACUGCAGAGAUACUACAUAUCCCAGGAAAUGAUAGAAGGAGGAAUAACUUCCAGGAUGUCAGGAAUAACUGAGAAUGCUGGACAUCAUCCGUCUCCACAGGAUUACAGGCUUCUGACCACGGACCCCUCCCAACUGAGGGAGGAGGACCUCCCUGGGGACCUGCAGUCUCUGUCAUGGCUCACCUCUGUGGAUGUGCCCCGGCUGCAGCAGAUGGCUGAUAGCAGAGGCCACAGCAAUGGGCCCUCCCAGGGCAGCUUGCUGGAGCAACAGACAGCUCAGAUGAACAACAUGACUAUGACCACAAGUCAGGGGUCCAUGCUCCACCUCCAGAGCAAUAUGCAGCACAGCCCUCUGGGAAUCAGUAUCAUCAACACCCACAGUGGAAAUAUGUCUCCGUUCUCAAUGAAUGGGCUGCCUUCUCCAGGAUACCAGUGCCCUACCUCAGUCUACCAACCCACAUCCCAGCAGGUGUACUCUUUAAGCCAAACUGGACAGCAGUGUACCACUGGUGGACUCUAUAGCAAUGUCUCAUUCAACAACCAAAGUCUAUUCACACAACCUCGCCUGGCUCCACAAGAACAGGAGCUGCAGCCGAAGUCUUUCCCCAAGCCAAUCUACUCUUACAGCUGUUUGAUUGCCAUGGCUCUGAAGAACAGCAAAACUGGCAGCCUCCCAGUCAGUGAGAUCUAUAGCUUUAUGAAGGAACACUUCCCUUAUUUCAAGACUGCACCUGAUGGAUGGAAGAAUUCAGUCAGACACAACCUCUCCUUAAACAAAUGCUUCGAAAAGGUGGAGAACAAGACGAGCAGCUCAUCCCGUAAGGGCUGCUUAUGGGCAUUGAACCCCGCCAAAAUUGACAAGAUGGAAGAAGAGAUGCAGAAGUGGAAACGCAAGGACCUCCCAGCCAUUCGGCGCAGCAUGGCUAACCCUGAUGAGCUGGACAAGCUGAUCACAGAUCGCCCAGAGAACUGCAGACGAAAGCCUUUAGAGCCAGGCAUGACCCGGCUGAACAGCUGUCCAAAUGCCCUCCCACUGCCAGUCCCAGCCCAAAUGCAACCUCAACCUAUAGUCACGCUGUCCCUGCCGUGUUUACCCAUGCACCAGCACCACCAGCUUCAGGCCCAGCUUCAGGCUCAGGCUCGACUGGCCCCCAUGUCCCCUGCCCCAGCCCAGACUCCCCCUCUCCACACAGUCCCCGACCUGUCCCACAGUCCGCUCACCCAACAGCCCAGCAAACCCCCUGAUGAUUUCUACAACAUGCAAGGGGACGCUCACACAGAGGUGGACGCUCUGGACCCGAGCAUCAUGGACUUUGCCCUGCAAGGUAAUCUGUGGGAAGAAAUGAAGGACGACAGCUUUAACCUGGAUGCUUUAGGCACCUUCAGUAACUCGCCUCUCCGACUAUCAGACUGUGACUUGGGAACAGCCAAUCUCCCUCCCGUCUCCAGUGGCGCAAACCUGUCGCUGUCAGACGUGCAGGUGACGGGGCUCUACACCUACGCUUCCCAAGAUGCCCUGUCUUCCCAGUACAUGGGAGCACCAUCUAACAGCAAGCCUAUUGCCCUGCUCUGAACCAGCCAAACUGUUUCUAAUAGAUUCCACUGUCUGGAUACUUUUAAAAGGAGGCCUGAAAUCAAAGCCUAAAUGUUGGUUUCUUCUGUCCGACUGAAAGUAUCACAGCUGGAGAACCACCUGGAGUCCGCAGAAAAACUCACUGAGAAGUGAAAAAGAGACGACUGUAAGAAAGACAAAGCAAGACUGCAAGUAUCUGGUUUUGCCAAGCAAAGACUGAAAGCCUGUAUGAGAACACGAGUGUUAGUACACACCAGUUUUUCUACUGUUCACACUGCAUUUUAAAGCCUUUCCAUAAAUGUAGCUCCCUUACUCUUGCCUGUUGUAUUGUGCUAGACAUUUUUGCUGUGAUGUUUUAUUUAUAUUUAUAAAAAGACAGCUGGAGAAAGUAAUGACUCUAUCAAUGUUUUUGCUGUAUAUAUUUGAAUGUUUCAAAUUGCUAUCACCACAGAAAAGCUUUCUGACUUCAUUCCCAAAUGUGAAGGUCUGCCAACACUUCCUGUUUAUUCCAACACUUCCUGUUCACACAUUAUCAUUUUACACAUGGAUUAACAUUUCUGAAGGUCUGGUACAUCUUACGUUCACUAACUUGAUCAUAAUAAAAGUCAAAUGGGUAAAUAAAAGAAGCUUCUUCAUAU